GAAAGGCGGGCGCCGCCGGGGGCCCGGUGCGAGCGACGCGGCGACGACGGCCUCCCGGGAGGCGCCUGGCUUGCGGAGAUGUACGGUGUAUGUGGCUGCUGUGGCGCCCUACGCCCCAGGUACAAGAGGCUGGUUGACAACAUCUUUCCUGAGGACCCAGAGGAUGGCCUGGUGAAGACCAACAUGGAGAAGCUGACCUUCUACGCCCUCUCAGCUCCAGAAAAACUAGAUCGUAUUGGUGCCUACCUCUCAGAGAGGCUCAUCCGGGAUGUGGGCCGCCAUCGAUAUGGGUAUGUGUGCAUUGCCAUGGAGGCGCUGGACCAGCUGCUCAUGGCCUGCCACUGCCAGAGCAUCAACCUCUUCGUGGAGAGUUUCCUCAAGAUGGUGGCCAAGCUUCUGGAGUCAGAGAAGCCCAACCUGCAGAUCCUGGGCACCAACUCGUUUGUUAAGUUUGCCAACAUCGAGGAGGACACCCCAUCUUACCAUCGGAGCUAUGACUUCUUUGUGUCCCGGUUCAGUGAAAUGUGCCACUCCAGCCACGAUGACAUGGAAAUCAAGACCAAAAUCCGAAUGUCAGGCAUCAAAGGUCUGCAGGGAGUGGUGAGGAAGACGGUGAAUGAUGAGCUGCAGGCUAACAUCUGGGACCCACAGCACAUGGACAAGAUCGUCCCCUCGUUGCUCUUCAACCUCCAGCACGUGGAGGAGGCCGAAAGUCGGUCGCCCUCGCCCCUCCAAGCUCCAGAGAAAGAGAAGGAAAACCCAGCAGAGCUGGCUGAGAGGUGUCUCCGGGAACUUCUGGGUCGGGCUGCCUUUGGCAACAUCAAAAACGCCAUCAGGCCCGUUCUUAUCCACCUGGACAACCAUUCUCUCUGGGAACCCAAGGUGUUUGCCAUCCGUUGCUUUAAGAUCAUCAUGUACUCAAUUCAGCCGCAGCACUCCCACCUGGUUAUCCAGCAGCUCCUGAGCCAUCUAGAUGCCAACAGCCGCAGCGCGGCCACGGUGCGGGCAGGCAUCGUGGAAGUCCUGUCCGAAGCCGCCGUCAUCGCCGCCACCGGCUCUGUUGGGCCCACAGUGCUGGAGAUGUUCAACACUCUGCUGAGACAGCUGCGGCUCAGCAUCGACUACGCGCUGACGGGGAGCUACGAUGGCGCCAUGAGCCUGGGCACCAAGAUCAUCAAGGAGCACGAGGAGCGCAUGUUCCAGGAGGCCGUGAUCAAGACCAUCGGCUCCUUCGCCAGCACGUUGCCCACGUACCAGCGGUCCGAGGUGAUUCUCUUCAUCAUGAGCAAGGUGCCGCUGCCGUCCCUGCACCACCCUGUGGAGACGGGCAGGACCGGGGAAAACAGGAACCGUCUGACCCAGAUUAUGCUGCUGAAAUCCCUCCUUCAGGUGUCCAUGGGCUUCCAGUGCAGCAACAUGAUGUCAGCCCUGCCCAGCAACUUCCUUGACCGCCUCCUGUCCACCGCCCUCAUGGAGGAUGCAGAAAUCCGCCUCUUCGUCCUGGAGAUCCUCAUCAGUUUCAUUGAUCGCCAUGGCAACCGCCACAAGUUCUCUACCAUCAGCACCCUCAGCGAUAUCUCUGUCCUGAAGCUGAAGGUGGACAAAUGCUCCCGACAGGACACGGUCUUCAUGAAGAAGCAUUCCCAGCAACUCUACAGACACAUCUACCUGAGCUGUAAGGAGGAAAGCAACAUGCAGAAGCACUACAAGGCCCUCUACGGCUUGCUGGCACUCAUAAGCAUCGAGCUGGCCAAUGAGGAGGUGGUGGUGGACCUCAUCCGCCUGGUGCUGGCUGUUCAGGACGUGGCCCAGGUCAACGAAGAGAACCUACCGGUGUACAACCGCUGUGCCCUGUACGCCCUGGGCGCCGCCUACCUGAACCUCAUCAGCCAGCUCACCACUGUGCCUGCCUUCUGCCAGCACAUCCACGAGGUGAUUGAGACACGGAAGAAGGAGGCCCCGUACAUGCUCCCUGAGGAUGUGUUUGUGGAGAGGCCCAGGCUGUCUCAGAACCUUGAUGGAGUGGUGACUGAACUCCUUUUCCGCCAGAGCAAGAUCAGUGAAGUCCUAGGGGGCAGCGGCUACAAUUCUGACCGACUCUGCAUGCCCUAUAUCCCUCAGCUGACCGAUGAAGAUCGCUUAUCUAAAAGGAAGAGCAUUGGAGAGACCAUUUCCCUGCAGGUGGAGGUGGAGUCAAGGAAUAGUCCAGAGAAAGAGGAGAGAGUGCCCGCCGAGGAGAUCACCUAUGAAACUCUCAAGAAGGCCAUUGUGGACAGUGUAGCCGUAGAGGAGCAAGAGCGAGAGCGGCGGCGACAGGUGGUGGAGAAGUUCCAGAAGGCCCCCUUUGAGGAGAUUGCAGCACACUGUGGGGCCCGGGCAUCACUGCUGCAGAGCAAACUCAAUCAAAUCUUUGAAAUUACCAUCAGGCCCCCACCGAGCCCUUCGGGAACCAUCACUGCAGCCUAUGGGCAGACUCAGAACCAUUCCAUCCCUGUCUACGAGAUGAAGUUUCCAGAUCUAUGUGUGUACUGA